GUAUUUGUUCUCUCAAUUCAGAAUCGUACUUUCUUCUUGAAUUGAAUACACGAUGGGCAAGAUUAAACGAUCGAAAUCCUCUUCACACCGUCAAAAUUGGGAGAAGAUCUUCAGCGCUUUGGUUCAUAUGCUACAGACUCAACAGAAACAGCUCGAAACCCUCAUUGAAGAGCGAAAACUUCUUGAAGAUCGCAUCAGAAUGCAACACGAUCGGUGGAGCUCAGAUACUCGUCUUUACGAAGAUUUAGUCUGCCAGUUGCAAGCGGAUUUGGUUUUACGAGACAAGCAACGCUCACUUGAGGCAUCAAAGUUAGAUUUAAACAUGAGUUUGAAGCAGAGAGAGAGUUUCCUUUGUCAAGUUAUUUCAGACCAGACGAACAACGAGUUGCAAGAUUUCAAAGAAUUAUUCAUCCUGCUCUCUACUAAAAUCUCCGAUCCAUCUUUUCAGGAUGUUUCUUCAAGGAGCUCACUGCAAACUGGAAAAUCUAACGAAAAAACACGAAAUUCUAAAGCCUUGAAGAUCGAGGUACAGAGAUUACAAAAAGCAUAUGAAAAGCUUGCAUCAGAAAGGAGUUCCGAGGUAACUGCACUUCUAGCAGAGAAGACCUUUGUAUGGAAUCAGUACAGCAUUAUGGAGAAUGACUACGAAAGUAAAUUAAGGCAUAAUCUCACGGAAGUUGAACUAGCGUGUACGAAGAUUGAAAAUCUUCUUGCUAAUAUGGAACAGCUUCAAUCUUUGAAUAUUGAAAAAGAUUGCACAAUCGCAGCCUUGGAAAGUCAGUUGGAAAAGACGGAGGUCGAUUCCAGAAAAUUAAAUGAUGAAAUUUCUAGAAUUUCACGUGAAUUGGAAGUCUUAAGAAAGCAUAAUGGCGUAUCAGUUACGCCUGUGUUAAACCGAUGCACAUCUGAAUCUGGCUAUAGAACCUGCAGCUUAGGAGUGAAGAAAAAAGGGAAGGGUAGUGGCAGUAACAUCAAUGUGAGGAAAAAAGCUUCUCCUGUGCAAGCAUCUCGUGGCAAUGGAGAUUCUAGUAAGGAAGACGGGAGUUUUAAACGAAGAAGAGGCCUUAAACGUGAAUCAGAGACCCCCAGAUUGUUUACAUCGUCAUUCAAACCUCCCAAAUUGAGGAGCAAUGUUUGUGUGUAAGUUGGUACUCUCAUUUGUGAAAUUAACCAUGCAAGUGUAAGUUGUUUCCUUGCAGAUAUCUCUGAUUAUCUGUCUGUAUUUCCAUGUUUCAUUGUUUAUCUCUGCCUAUAAACAAGGAUUGUCAAUAACUUCUAACCUCUGCCUAACAUAAACUCCUUUCCUUUUAUGGAUCUGUUAUUUCUUCUCUGAAAUUACAUGUUUUUUUUUUUCAUUUUUGGCUUGGAGGAACGUACUGUAGGAGCCUUACAUUGUUCAUAAUCCAAAGCCAAAGCAUGAUGGCCUAAUAAUAAUAUGAUCUCCAUAUUGCUGGAAACCAUUUAGAGUGAAAGUAUGGCUGAUAAGAUAUCAAGACCAACAACACAACCAGCAAAACCGCCACGCCCAAAGGCGAUGCAGUGUUGUCGGUGACGUAAACUGGCUCGAGCUUUGUUCUCGGAGUGAUGAUUACAAGACGACCAUAUCUAACAACGGAGUUUCCAACAAAGACAAAUACUAGAGGUAAGAGCAAGAAGAUGAGCUUAAAGUUGAUCCUUGUUGUCUUCACCUGUGACCUGUGGCUUGAAAAUGAUGACACAGAUAGCAGAAUGACCAAGAUUCCAAGUAUGGCAAGCAGAGGCCUUGGUGGUGGAGUUAUGGAGGCUAUGGCCUGCUCCGCCCAUCCUUGUUUCCAUGCUGGCCCUCUUCUCUCUCUUAUCAACCAACCCAUUUCUCUCUAUAUCUUUUACUCUCUGUUUUGAGUUGGGAAUUCAUAAGAAUGAUAGUCAUAUAUAGAGAGAUGAAGUCUGAAAAUUUGCUUUGGCAUAAAUUCUUUGGGCCAGCUUAUUUGUCCAAUUAACCUUUCUUUAUGUGAUUCGAGCUCACUGAAUUGGCAUCGGUCCCAACUUGUAGUUCAAUCAUUUAACCUCUCA